AUGGGCGAUGACACAGCUAAACCGAGUGGUCGCAAACGCGGCCGUCCGCGAACUGUGACCGAUGAUCAAGAAGUACCAGAGAGACGUCGCAAACAACUCCGGCUCGCGCAGCAGGCAUAUCGCAAAAGAAAGGAGACCACGAUCGGUAACCUCCAGAAUCGCGUACACGAAUUAGAAACCGGCAUCGAGAAUAUCAGCCAGUCUUUCCUCUCCUUCAGUAGUCUUCUUAUAGAAGAGCAACUUCUUUCACAAUAUCCACAUAUCGCAUCGGCUCUUCAAACCAUAACUCAGCAAUGCGUGUCGCUUGCGAAGGCCGGGAGUGAUGAUCCGACUGAGGGAGCCCUCACCCUCGUUCGGGCCGCAAAAGACUCUCAAGCCACAAAUAAUAAUUCAGCCGCAUAUUCAGAAGCUUCGACCGAUGCCGAGGAUAUAAUACGAUCAGCCGCUAUGGGCUGGCCCGGCCCUCCUACUCCACCAUAUCAAAGUCAAUCUAUCCUUCCAUUCGACCUCGCCAUGUCAUCACCCACUGUUCAAUUUCCUCAUAUCACUCCGCCAUUAUCGAACUCCCCUUCAACACUAGAUCUCCUCUCUAGUAAUAUAGUGCCUGACAGGCAGUGGAAUAUCGCACAACGUCUAGUCCGAACUUGCUGUCAGGGCGGAUAUCGCCUUCUCAUCGACAAUCCAAACAGCCCCGCAGUCCCGCAUAUCUUCGGGUCUGUUCUGAGUCUGCCAGAACGCAAUCGUAUGAUCUCAGGCUUUUCCGAUGUCAUUCAGGACAAGACCGGUGCCUUGACGGAUCACAAGGCUAAUGUGCUUCACGCCCUUCAGUCCAAUAUGAACACAUUCACGAACGAACAACUCCAGGUCUCGUCUAAAAUAUGGCAAAUCGCGCUCGAAUCAGCUUCCGGUGAGUGGCUGGACGCCAUCGGAGUGCAAGGAUACCUGCGCGACAAGAGAGCGAUCUUUGAGAACAUGCCUGAUUCCUCUGGCCGUCUUGAAUACUCUGUCUCGCCAUCAAUUGAUAUGACGACCUUCAUCAAAUCCCUUGCAAAAGAAGCCAUAUGCGUUGGGAAUGGACCGGCAUUCCGACGACAGAGCGUUGAAAGGGCUCUUCGUCUGGCAACGAUGAAUGUGCCGUGGGAUUUCGAGAAUCUUUGUGAUUUAUAA